CCUCGCUCUUAUCAGUAUCACGCCGAUAUAACCGAUUACGAUCUCGAGUGUGAAUGUUGGUGCUGUAUCUCCUGACUGCAAGGCUCUUCAAGUGAUAUUGAUGCGUUUGCUGGAACGUGAGCAAUCGAAAAACAGUAAAGGAUGGGUCAGACCACAGAGGGGAACAAUAGUAAUAAUGACAAACGAAUUGAAAGUAAUAUACAGCAUAGGCCUGAUGAAGGAGCUUUGGAACUUGAUAAGCAACAGCAAUCUCUCUUGCCAAAACCAAGUAGCAGUACGAUAAGACACGUUAGAGAAUAUAUUCCAAAAUCUGGAGUGAAGAAGUAUAAUCAUGCCUUGAGUAAUUUGAUACCAAUACGUUACCAAAAGCAAAAAAAAGAAAAUUCACCAGCAGAUAAUGCUGGGUUAUUUUCUUAUGUAUAUAUAACAUGGAUGACGCCAUAUUUAUGGAAAGCAUAUAAAAAAGGUCUUACAAUCAAAGAUCUGCCAGACAUUUCAGUAUAUGAUACUUGUGAAUACAAUGCGCUCAGGCUCGAUGUACUCUGGCAACAGGAAUUAAGCAAAAAUGGUCCCAAUGCAGCAUCAUUCUCUUCGGUUGCAUGGAGAUUUGUUCGCACUCGAGUCUGCGUAUCGUGUUUUUUACUGAGCUGUUCUCUUAUCUUUGGAUUUAUAAGUCCUACAAUAUUAAUGAGGAAGAUACUGGAGCAUAUAGAGUCUCCAGAAGAAAGUUUUUGGGAUGGCUUUAAAUGGGUUUUUCUACUGACGAUGUGUGAUUCUUUGCGAGCUUUUUUUUUCACUUGGACGUGGAAUAUGAAUUAUAAGACUGGAUUGCGACUGAAGUCAGCUUGUACAGCUCUAUUGUAUAAAAUUAUAAGACUAAACAGUCUUAGCAAUAGAAGUACAGGAGAAAUAAUCAAUUUAUUUUGCAACGAUAGUCAAAGACUCUUUGAUGUGAUUAUUUAUGGACCGAUGAUCAUCAGCGGACCAAUAGUUAUAAGUUGCGGUAUCAUUUACAUAUUAUGGUUAUUCACUCCUGUUGCUCUGAUAGGAAUGAUAGCUUUCCUCUCAUUUUAUCCAUGUCAGUACUUCAUCUCUCGUGCGACUGGCUAUUUUCGAUCGAAAUCUGUAAACAUUACGGAUACUCGGGUGCGACUCAUGACUGAAAUUCUGGAAUGCAUAAAGUUGAUCAAGAUGUAUUCUUGGGAAAAAUAUUUUGGUCAAAAACUUCUCGCCAUACGAAAGAAGGAGGAACGUUGGCUUCAUAAGACUGCAUACUUUCAAAGCCUUAGCAUUUCUUUAACACCUGCAAUACCUGUGAUAUCCGCGAUUAUUACUUUUUUAGCACAUGUUGCUUCGGGCAGUGGAUUAACUGCUGCACAGGCUUUUCCAAUGACCACAUUAUUUGGAAAUUUGCUUAGACUGGCGCUCACGUCACUUAAGGAUACCACGCGAUAUUUUAUCAGCGCUCUCAUAGCUCUUAGAAGAUUCAAGGUAUUUCCCUUCGUAUCGGUGCUCAAUGCUCAAAUUCGCACUUCUUUCAUGUUUUUACAAGUGGCCUUAAUUAAUAUCGCCGCAGUAAAGAUAACUUUUGGCAGAAUAAAGAAUAUACUAUUGUUGGAUGAGGACAGUUGCCAGGCAUCAAAACCGAUUGUAAGAUCGGAAGCAGUUGCCAUCGCUAACGGUACCUUUGUCUGUGACAGUAUGAGGCUUCAAAUGGACGCAUCGAUCAAUAUAAAAAAAAGUAACUAUUUCUUUUAUAAUAACAAUUUCUUUUGUGGAUCACAAUGACCUUUCUGUCUUUUACGUAGAAAGAAAUCUCCACCAGUUAUGGAUAAUCCAGCAGAACUGGAAAAUCUGAAUCAACCGACACAGGAGGCUAAAUAUGUUGAAGUUAUUAGCGACAUACAUUUCGGAGCACCCAAAGGAAAACUAGUUGGCAUCUGCGGUCAUGUAGGUAGCGGCAAAUCCAGCCUGCUGCUUGCAGCUCUGGGACAGCUGAAAAUAACGAAGGGGCAUAUUUCGAGAGAAGGUACUUGUGCCUACGUCAGUCAACAAGCGUGGGUCGUAAAUGGCACUUUCAAAGAAAACAUUCUGUUCGGCGAGGAUUUCGAUGCAAAACGUUACUAUCAUACGAUUAUGAUCUGCAAUUUGAAGGAAGAUUUGAACAUGCUGCCAGGAGGAGAUGACACUGAGAUCGGUGAGAGAGGCAUCAAUCUAUCCGGAGGACAGAAACAAAGGAUUGCACUCGCGCGAGCAUAUUAUGCCAAUCGGGACAUUUACUUCCUCGAUGAUCCCUUAAGUGCAGUUGACGCGUACGUCGGCGAGUAUAUAUUUGAGAAAUUGAUCCUCGAGGCUCUUAGAGACAAAUCUGUUCUUUUCGUGACACAUAACAUUCAAUUCUUAAAACGAUGCCAUGAAAUUUACAUGAUGAAUGCUGGUAAGAUCGUAGAGCAUGGAACUCACGAAGAUCUCAUGCGACUCGAUCGAGAAUACGCCUCGAUGGUGAAGAAUAGUAUAAUUGUAGCGGAGGACAAUAAUUUGUCAGCUGUUAAAUCUACGGGAGUGACACAGAAAAGUACGAAUGCUGACGAUUUACAGAAGGAAAUUACACACAAAAAUGAGAAGGAGAAAUUAUACAAAGGGACAAUUUUAACAAUAGCAGAAAAAUCUGAAACCGGAUCCGUGAAAUCUUAUACUUAUCACACUUACAUACAAGCCACAGGUGGUUAUCUAGUUGCUGUUCUCGUAUUUUUCACGUUCUUUUUGAACGUAGGUAGUUCAGCCUUUAGUACUUGGUGGCUCGCUAUAUGGAUUAAAGCUGGCGGAGGCAACGUGACUGUGCCAGAAAGUAACGGGACUGUGUACUCAGAAAACAUAAAUGCUAAUCCUCACUUCUCAUUUUAUCGAGAUAUAUAUGGAGCUUGUAUCGCCGGUAUACUAUUGACAAGUUUUAUUCGUGGUUUAGUCAUUAUGUUUACUACGAUAAAAGCUUCAACUACGUUGCACAAUUCGUUCUUUCGCAAAAUUAUUAGUUCUCCGUUACAGUUUUUUGAUACUACUCCAAGUGGUAGAAUACAGAACAUUUUCAGCCGAGACAUAGAUGAAAUUGAUAAUUACUUGCCAAUUUCAAUAGAAAACAUGGUGCAAAAUAUUUUUACUUGUAGUUUUGCUAUUUUCUUUAUUUGCGGCGUAUUACCAUGGUUUUCAAUACCGUUGGUUCUAUUUGGUGCGCUAUUCUUCUUUGUUAGUAAAUUAUUUAGAAUAGGAAUGAGGGAUUUGAAGAGAAUGGAGAACGUCUCACGAUCUCCGGUUUUGAGUUUCGUUACAACAACGAUCCAAGGUUUGAGCACGAUUCACGCAUUUCAAAAGGAGAAGAAUUUUUUAUAUAAAUUCGAGGAGUUAUUUAAUACGAAUAAUGUGUGUCAGUAUUUAUGCCAAGCCGCGAUGAGAUGGUCUGCUGUACGAUUGGACAGUUUGGUAAUCGCCUCGUCUUGCAUAACCGCAUUACUUGUGAUUUCAUUUAAAAAUGAAAUAUCGCCGGCCUUUGCCGGUUUGGCUAUGGCGUAUGCCACACAGAUGACUGGCGUUUUCCAAUACACAGUUAGACUAAUGUCUGAGACGGAGGUGCGCUUUAUAAGCGUAGAGAGAAUCGGUUACUAUCUAAAGACCUUGCAGAAGGAAGGUGCGAGCAAACCAGUUGCUUUUAAACCAGCCGAUGAUUGGCCUUCUCGUGGCAAAAUAGAAUUUAAGGAUGUUCAAAUGAGAUACAGAAAAGAACUGCCGCUCAUACUAAUCGACAUCUCUUUUAGCAUAAAGCCCGGAGAGAAAAUUGGCAUUGUGGGUCGCACGGCAUCCGGCAAAAGUUCCUUAAUUGUAGCUUUAUUCCGGUUAGUUGAAAUUUGCGAAGGUGUUAUUAAGAUCGAUGAUAUCGAUAUUUCAAAAUUGGAAUUGAAUGUAUUAAGAAGUAAAUUAUCGAUUAUUCCUCAGGAUCCGGUCUUAUUCAGCGGAACUAUAAGAUCUAAUUUGGAUCCCUUCCAAUGUCAUGUCGAUGACGAUAUUUGGCGUGCCCUUGAAAAGACUCAGAUGAAAAAAAAAGUGUCUCUUAUGUCGGGAUGUCUUGACGCUUCCGUUGGUUUUGGUGGAAAUAAUUUGAGUGUCGGUGAGAGACAGCUUCUUUGUCUUUCAAGAGCUUUAUUACACAGUACAAAGAUUUUGAUUUUGGACGAAGCCACGGCUGCAGUCGACCCAGAAACUGAAGCAACAGUACAGAAUACAUUGCAGAAAGAAUUCGCGGAUUGCACUGUACUUACAAUUGCUCAUCGAUUACAAACGGUUCUCAAUUGUGAUCGUAUUCUUAUCAUGAGUGAGGGCAAAGUUAUCGAAUUUGACGCGCCCGAUACACUUCUGUCUCGUCCAGACUCUGAAUUUUCAAAAUUAAUGGCCGCUGUGGACAAAAACGUUUAAAAUAAUCUUUGUAGAGAUCUGAACCGAUUGCAUUAAUCACAUUUUAACAAUAAAUAAUGAAACUAAACAAACAACUCUCACAAUCAUGUGAGUAAAUAAAAAAAAAACAAAUGCAAAGUAUAUAUUACCAAAAUACAAAAUAAAAUAUGAAUCAAGAUAUAAACUAUAAAUUUUUAUAAUUAAGCGAAUUAAUAAAUUAUUAGUUAAGACUAUUACUUUAUAAGUUCAUAUCUUGUACAAAUAAAAACGAGAAACAAAA